AUGCCGUUUCAAGAAAGACAGGCCUUUUCCAACAAGCAGGUGGAGACCCUGAAACGUUACUAUGAGAAUGGCAUGAACAGUCAGAGUCUGGUGAACAGGGAGAAGAUGCUUGCCUGUGCCACGGAGACAGGACUGGACUUUGAUACUGUUCGGAACUGGGUAGGAAACUAUCGUCGCAAGCUGAGACUGGAUGCUGAGAGAAAAGAACAGCAGGAGUUUUACAGACAGCACGGGAUUAGCAACUCAAACUGUGGGAACUUCAACAUGUCCUCUCAACAACUCCUGGCCAAUGUUGCUGUAGAAACGAUGAAAACCAUCGAUCCGUCCAUUGGUAGCUCCACAUCCCUCCAUGCUGGACCAUUUGAUAACCAUGGUAGCCAAAGUUCUUUAAGGUUUCCACUGCCUCCGGUAUCCAGCCUAGUUUCUGUGGUCACGAACAAUCAGCCUGCUGUAACUGUUCUCGCUAACCCAUCAGGAGAAAUGUCCCCUCGACAUCUUACCUCCGAUUCUCAGGAAGAUCAGGGACUUAAGAUACACUCCGUCUUCUCUAUGCAAGAUGACCUAAUGUCUCAAGCAUCCGCAGGUUCCACUAGUUUGUUGACAGAGGAAAUGAGAAAUGUCUUGUAUUCAAGCCCGGUGAAUUCCCUGUUGAACAAGAGGAGGGAGGUCAGCCUAUCUGAUCAGAACGGAACUGCAGGAGCUUCAUCAUCAGCCAAGGAAACGUCACAGGUAGUAACAGUAGAUGCUGCACUUGGUGCAACUGGUCAACAGGAGGUGCCGCUGGCCAAUGCCGCUGAUAAGGCCACGUCAAGUGCCACAGAUUUGCUUAACGAGUUUGAAGUGAAUGAUGAGCAAACCAAGCGCCUGCCAACAGAUCAAGAGCCAUCAUCUUCAUUGCCUGGAUUGCCUGCAAAAUGCUCAUUUCAGCUUGAUCCCUCUACAACAUCAUCUCCCCCCGAUGUUGGUUCUGUCAAGAAAAGGAAACUCAGUGCUGCUAGUGAUGGGAUCACCUUUGAACGCACCACGAGGAUGGGCGACAUUUUCCAGGGCCCGUUCGAGAGGACGGUUUUCACAGAGGAGCAGGUCCGCGUACUGACCGAGCACUACGAGAAGGGCAUGAACAACCAGUCCAAGAGCUGUCUGGACCAGAUGAUGACCGUGGCCAAGGAACUCAGCUUGGAGUUUGAUGUAGUCAGGAACUGGGUAGGGAACCAGCGUAGAAAGCGCAGGAUGGAGGCUAACCGUGCUAACGCCAGUCUGCUGAACGGAGUGGGGUUCCCUGCAAUAGUCUCAGGUACUAAUGGAGGCACAUAUAUGACACAAAAUGACGUCAGUCUGAACCACGAUGAUCACAGUCGCCAGUCCUUCUCUUCACACGAGGGGUCUCCAGAGUUACCGGUAACACUACACACAUCCAGGGACAGAAGAACAUACACCACUCAGGACCAACCCUCCUCUGGGUAUGACCUGUACAUGAGGGAGUUUCUAGAAGCACAAGGGUUGUGCAGGGAGGAUGUAUCGGUCAGUCUGCUGAGGGAAGUGGACGAAGGUUGGCAGACUCUGGAUGCCCAGCAGAGACAGGAGUACCACAGGAAUGCCCUGGAGAUCCCGGUUACACCACAUGUACAGGACAGGGAUGUACACACUGUACUGCAGGACAUUCAGCAGUCGCUUGAUAGUUUAAAACAAGAUGGCUGCCAGUACUUGCUGCUGACACACAGAGAGGGGGUCAGUAAGGUGACAGGAACGCCGGCUCCUAUGGAGUACUGGAACAAGCUUCAACAUGUAGAGUCCUUCAAGACUUUUCUGGACAGACAUGGAAGCCUAGGUAAGCAGUCCUCAAGUUCAAAUACAGGUCACACUCCGUUAUACUUAACAGAGAGACAGCAAGAUGCUGAUCAUGAGACAAGACAGGAGAGGAGACCUAGCAGCACACAGAGUGAAGAGAUGAGACAAGACGAUGUGAUACCUGUUGACAGAUCUCCUGAACAAUCUGAUGAUUCUGGUGCAAGACAAGGUGAAACAACAAGAGAGUUCUCUUCAGUCUUACAGACAGAUGAAGAGGUGUACAUUGUAGACAAGAAUCAUCAUAUUAUAGGAACUGGAAAACUCCUACCAGCCCCUCACAAGAAAAUUGAGUUGUCCGAGUCUUCCAGAGAGCACAAAGGAGCAAUAUGAUUACCUUUUGUACUUACUUAGUUUCCUUCAGAAUGAGAACAAACCACACAACAUAAUAAUCAGUUUAACCUGUAUCAUGACUCAUGGCCAAUGAAAGCUUGGUAUUUUAACCUCUCCAUGUUUGUAUAGGGGUGGACAAUGUAGAUUGCAUUAAGGCGGCCCCUAAGAAGAAAUGGGUCAACCAAUGGUGGAGAUGAUUAGAUUUGAUUGGAGCAGCCAGUCUGUUGUUCGUUUGCCUUUGUUGUAGCUGUUUGUUGCCAUGAAUCGAUGCCUGAAAGAGUUUCAAAAUUGAGGUGGGAAAAAAUGUGUUCUUGAACCCUAUAUUUAGACAUCAACAGAAGAAAACACUGCUGCUAAGGCCACACCAAUUUAAUUUGUUGGUUCUCGGAUUCGCCUCUUCAUUUUUUUCUGAUUCACAAA